GAGAGAGCGCUCACUCGACUCAGUCCAAUCUCUCUCUCUCUCUCUUCCAGUUAUUCCAUUUCGCGAUUGAUUAUUGAAUACAAGAAUUGAUAAUAUUCAUACUUCCUUUUUUGUUGCUUACUUUACUCUCUCUGCAGCAAUUUCUCGCCAUUCUGCUUUCUCAUGCUCUCAAAUGGUUUUAAUGGCUUCCUUCAAUCUCAGUGACUGAACUCUGAGUUUGCCUUUCCAAUUAUUGUUACUUCACGCUCGGAAAAAUGGAGACUAAGCUUCUGCUUCUGAUUCUUCUCUUUAUUUUGGAUGUCUCCUUUGCUCAGAUGCCAGGUUUUGUAAGUUUGGACUGUGGGGGUCAAGAAAGUUUCACUGAUGAUAUUGGUCUGGAGUGGGUUCCAGAUACUCAAGUUCGUUUUGGAGAGGCAAUUAACAUUUCUGUUGCAAAUGAGACGCGUAAGCAGUACAUGACCGUAAGACACUUUCCUGCUGAUUCCAGGAAGUACUGUUACACACUUAAUGUUAGUAGUAGGACCCGUUACCUUCUCAGAGCAACAUUUUUAUACGGUAACUUUGACAAUAACAACGUGUAUCCGAAAUUUGACAUUUCCCUUGGGGCAACUCACUGGUCAACAAUUGUCAUAUCUGAUGCAAAAACUAUAGAGGUUCGAGAGCUCAUAUUUCUGGCUUCAAGUCCUACUGUGAGCGUUUGUUUGUCAAAUGCUACAACUGGGCAGCCAUUCAUAUCCACACUCGAGCUUCGACAGUUCAAUGGCUCAACCUACUAUACAGAUUAUGAGGACCAGUUUUACCUCAGUAUCUCUGCGAGGAUAAAUUUUGGAGCUGACUCUGAGGCUCCAGUAAGGUAUCCUGAUGAUCCAUUUGAUCGGAUAUGGGAGUCGGAUUCUGUGAGAAAAGCAAAUUACCUUGUUGAUGUUGCUGCUGGUACUGAAAAAGUUUCCACUAAAAUGCCAAUAGAUGUGGACAGAGAUGAAAGGCCACCUGAAAAAGUUAUGCAGACAGCUGUAGUUGGCAGAAAUGGUUCGUUAACUUACCGGUUAAAUUUGGAUGGUUUUCCUGGCUUUGGCUGGGCAGUCACCUACUUUGCGGAAAUUGAAGACUUGGGUCCAACUGAUACGAGAAAAUUCAGGCUAGUACUUCCCGGAAUGCCUGAAAUCAGCAAAGCUGUAGUCAACAUUGAAGAAAACGCUCAAGGAAAAUAUCGGCUUUAUGAGCCUGGUUUUACCAACUUAACCUUCCCUUUCGUAUUAUCUUUUCGGUUUGGGAAAACGUCAGAUUCUUCCUUGGGACCUCUAUUAAAUGCAAUGGAAAUUAACAAGUAUCUUGAAAAAAGUGAUGGUUCUCUAGAUGGAACGGUUGUUGCUACUGUAAUUUCAAAAUUCUCAUCUUCAGAUUGGGAUGAAGGUGGUGAUCCAUGCAUGCCAGUUCCUUGGUCAUGGUUGCAAUGUAACUCUGAUCCACGGCCAAGAAUUGUUAAAAUUUCGUUGUCCAAGAAGAAUUUGACGGGUAACAUCCCUACUGACCUUGCAAAGUUGAGCGGUUUGGUUGAAUUAUGGCUUGAUGGGAAUAUAUUCGUUGGUCCUAUACCUGACUUUACUGGAUGUGUGGACUUGAAAAUCCUCCAUCUUGAGAACAACCAGCUGACCGGAGAGCUGCCUUCCUCUUUAAUUAAUCUACCAAAUUUACGAGAGCUGUAUGUGCAGAAUAACAUGUUAUCUGGAACAGUGCCUUCGAGUCUUCUCAAUAAAAACCUAGUUUUGGACUACUCCAGGAACAUUAAUCUUCAUGAAAGGGGAAAAAAGAACCACAUUUCUAUUAUUGUGGGUUCAGUAAUUGGUGCUGUUGUCCUGCUGUUGGCUACUGUAGUAUCAUGUUACUUUUUGCGCAGAGGAAGGGAAAAAUAUCGUGAACAAGAAGAUCUACUUGGAGAAUCCUUGCCUGUACAAAGAUUUGCAUCUUCAAAGGGCGAUGCUCCCAAGGAAACGGCACAUUGUUUCAGUUCUGAUGAAAUUGAAGAUGCUACAAGAAAGUUUGAAAGAAAAAUUGGUUCCGGAGGUUUUGGUGUUGUCUACUACGGGAAAUUAAAUGAUGGAAAAGAAAUCGCGGUCAAAGUUUUGACUAGUAAUUCCUUCCAGGGAAAACGAGAAUUUGCAAAUGAGGUGACUCUUCUCUCAAGGAUUCACCACAGAAAUCUUGUCCAGUUUCUUGGAUAUUGUCAAGAAGAAGGCAGAAGUAUGCUUGUCUAUGAGUUCAUGCAUAAUGGAACUCUCAAGGAACAUCUUUAUGGCCCAUUAACACGUGAAAAAAGUAUCAAUUGGAUAAAGCGCCUUGAGAUUGCAGAAGAUUCUGCUAGAGGGAUUGAAUACCUUCACACGGGGUGUAUACCAGCCAUUAUUCAUAGGGACUUAAAAAGCAGCAACAUUCUUCUUGACAAGCACAUGAGAGCAAAGGUUUCAGAUUUUGGUCUUUCAAAGCUUGCGGUGGACGGUGCCUCCCACGUGUCAAGCAUAGUUCGGGGAACUGUAGGAUAUUUGGAUCCAGAGUAUUACAUCUCUCAGCAGUUGACAGACAAGAGUGACGUUUAUAGCUUUGGUGUUAUUCUUCUCGAGUUGAUAUCUGGUCAAGAAGCUAUAUCUAACGUAAACUUCGGUGCUAAUUGCCGCAACAUUGUCCAGUGGGCGAAAUUACACAUCGAGAGCGGGGACAUUCAAGGGAUCAUUGAUCCAUCGUUACGCAAUGAAUAUGACAUUCAAUCAAUGUGGAAAAUCGCAGAGAAAGCAUUGAUGUGUGUCCAGCCACAUGGGCACUUGAGGCCAUCAAUAUCAGAAGUGCUCAAGGAGAUACAGGAUUCAAUUUUGAUUGAAAGGGAAGCUGCUGCAACUAGAGAAGGUAACUCUGAUGAAAUGUCUAGAAAUUCAGUCCAUUCUAUGAAUAUGGGAUCUCUUGAUUUGUGUGGAAACGAAAACUACGUGUCGUUUGACGAAUCCACUGCUCGACCUACUCCAAGGUAGUUUAGUUGUUGUACAAACGCAUCAUUUUUUAGGAACAAAUGUGCAUUCUUUUUGCUUGCAGUUGGUUUGCCAAUGUCCCCCAUAUUUUGCCACUCUUAUUAUAGUUCUGUCUAAGAUAGAUGAAAUGGUUAGCUAGUUGUAAAUUUUUGAACAAUUUUUUUUUUUUUUUUGGAUUGACUUCUCCAUCUGUUCAUUCUACAAAGUAGCCACAUUCACAUUUUUCUUUUCAUGAGAACACAACAUUGCAAUUAGAAGAUGCAAUGAAGAUUUAUUACUGAUA